GCGAGCCCGGAAGCGGACGGGGGCGGGGGCGGGGGCGGAGGCGCCUCCGGCGGGCCGGGGUUGCAGCGCGGUCCCCCACUCUUGGCUCGUCCGGCGCGGGACCCGGCAGCCAUGCAUCCUCCUCACCCCGGCCCGCUGGGCGAGUGCCUGCGGGACUGGGAGGAGCUGCAGCAGGACUUCCAGAGCAUCCAGGAGACCCACCGGCUGUACCGCCUGAAGCUGGAGGAGCUGACCAAGCUGCAGAACAACUGUACCAGCUCUAUCACUCGGCAGAAGAAGCGGCUCCAUGAGCUAGCUCUCGUCCUGAAGAAAUGCAAACCCUCCCUCUCACUGGGGGCCAAGGAGGCUGCCCAGGAGCUGGAGAACCAGCUCAAGGAGCGCCAAGGCCUCUUCUUUGACAUGGAGGCCUAUUUGCCCAAGAAGAAUGGGUUGUACCUGAGCCUGGUUCUGGGCAAUGUCAACGUGACACUCCUGAGCAAGCAGGCUAAGUUUGCCUACAAAGACGAGUACGAGAAGUUCAAGCUCUACCUCACCAUCAUCCUCAUCCUCAUCUCCUUCACCUGCCGCUUCCUCCUCAACUCCAGGGUGACGGAUGCCGCCUUCAACUUCCUGCUGGUCUGGUACUACUGCACCCUGACCAUCCGCGAGAGCAUCCUCAUCAACAACGGCUCCCGGAUCAAAGGCUGGUGGGUUUUCCAUCAUUAUGUGUCCACGUUUCUGUCGGGAGUUAUGCUGACAUGGCCCGACGGCCUCAUGUACCAGAAGUUCCGGAACCAAUUCCUGUCCUUCUCCAUGUACCAGAGCUUUGUGCAGUUUCUCCAGUAUUACUACCAGAGUGGCUGUCUGUACCGCCUGCGGGCCUUGGGCGAGCGGCACACCAUGGACCUCACUGUGGAGGGCUUCCAGUCCUGGAUGUGGCGGGGGCUCACCUUCCUGCUGCCCUUCCUCUUCUUCGGCCAGUUCUGGCAGCUUUUUAACGCCCUGACAUUGUUCAACCUGGCCCGGGACCCUGAGUGCAAGGAGUGGCAGGUGCUAAUGUGUGGCUUCCCCUUCCUCCUGCUCUUCCUUGGCAAUUUCUUCACCACCCUGCGGGUUGUGCACCAGAAAUUCCAUAGUCAGCGGCAUGGGAGCAAGAAACAAUGAGUCUGGCCCGCUCCCACUGGCACAGCCCUCUGUGGUGCCCUGGCUCUGAAGGGGCUCCUGUGCUCAUGUGUCAGAGGGUGUGGGGGGCUCCACUGAUCUGGGAGGGUCCCUUCUGUUCUCCCCUCGGUUUUGUGGGCUCUGUGGGCCCUGACAAGUCAUGCUAUGUGCCAGCCCUGUAGGUGCUGGUCAGCAGCCUCAAUAAAGGGUGAGGCACAGAG